AGAGAAACAGGUGGGCAAAUUCAGGCAGGAUCCUUUUACUGAUCCUCUCCAAGACUGAGGGGCAUGGAGAAAAGUUACUUCCUUAAAAAUGACACAUUAAAUGUACUUUUUUUUUACCUAAAACUCGAUUGAUAUUCCCUACUAACUUGAAUGUGGUGGUUUGAGGUUUUUAAGGUAUUGUAGUUGAUUCCCUUUUGCUGCCAUUAUCACUAACUCUUCAAUUUGUUCCCCUUUUUACGUCUUCGUGUUUAUUGUUGUAAAGAAUUUCCAAACAUUUAAAUAUUUAUUCUCGAAUUCAAUUGAUUCUAUAAUCUAUCCUAUCAAUUCAAAUUUGUGACUUCAUAAUCAAACUUUUAACAGUGAAGGUUCCUGGGCCCUAUUGCUACAUCCCGUUUUGUAAACAAUGUUGUAUUCGUAAAUAUACAAUGGGAAAACAAAAAUAUUUUCCUAUGAUAAAAUAUAUCCAGACGGUGAUCGUGUGAAGCGAUGGAGUCUCGUAAAGACUUGCUGAGAGGGUAAACAAGUGAAAUUAGUAGGCUAAUGUCCAACACAGCGCACACUCAUCAUUUCGCCAAUUUAUUACUAGUAGUAGGCUACAAAGUGGUUCAUUUUGAAAGUAGGAUAACAUUUUAAAAUGGCAUCUGACUGUUAAACAGGGUCUCAACAAGUCUUGGACGGAGCUUUCCCUGGCGUCGACGAAAACUCGGACUGCGUGGCAAACCAUGGUUUCAAGAUGUUAUGAGAAGUUUUUAUGGGUUCAUCUUCGGCCUGUUCCUAGCUGCUGUGUAUGGCGUUACUGUGCUGUUCGUUCAAAAUCAGGAGCCCUGGUUCUGCAUCUACACCACUGUCGCCAUCGCAUUCAUGGCAUCAUUUGGCAUGGGCCUUUCUGUUCGAGUGCGCUCAAAUGUUAUGCUCAUGAUGCCGAUGCUAUGUUCGAAAAAUGGCAAAAAUCUCCUCCUCUUCCUCAUCUUCUCCAUGGUGAUCCAGGGGCCAAUGACCAACACCCUGGAGAACUUUAGCCGAGCGGCAGACAGUGUUGUAUGUGGUGCAGAGCUGACCAUGAAUCAGACCCAGGAACUGAUGCAGAGAGCAGCCACACCACUCUUCCCUGUGCUGGACAAGAUUAAAGACAUCUCCAGGAAUGCAUAUUCAGUGGCUAGCAGGGUUCAGAACUUCAUCCAGGCUUUGACUGACUCAGUCCAGCAUGUUGCUCGCACUCUUAGAAACGUGCUUCACUUCCUGGCUAGCAUCGGCGACGUGUGCAACGACAAGCUGGGCACACCGUACACGAAGUGCAACAAGUUGUUUGAUGAUGCCCGGGAAGACUGCAUGAACCUUCUGUCUAUAUUCAACUUCCUGUGUCACAUCGUGGAUGGGUUCCGCCCCCUGUGUGGAGUAUCUCGUGUGGGCCAGUUGUUCUGCACCAUCCCCUCCUACGUCGCCAGCCACCUAAAGGAGAGACUGGAGGCUCCGACAGCUGCUGCCUUGGAUAGGAUCAAGCAGGAGUUUGAGUUCAACAUCUCGGCCUCCGUGCACUUCGACAUGAGCGUGAACAGCAGCCAGUCCAUGCAGCAGGUGUCCCAGAAUAUCCUGAAGGAAGUGUCGUCGAGGCUAGGCCACUUCCAGGAAGCGGUGGGACUGCUGGCUUACGUGGGCCUCGUCCUCAUGCCUCUCACGUACCUCUGGGCUGUGCUCUACAAACACAAGUACCUUCAGCGGGACAACUUUGACAACAAUUACAUCACCAAGCAGUUUGAAGAGCUGGAUCUGAAGAUGGGCAGGGAGGGCAGGCCAACGGUCCUCCCCCUCAACAAGAGAGAGGCCCGCAUCUACAUCAAAACUGGUGCCAUGUACCUGACAUCCAGGGAGAGACGGGUGGCGGCCAUUGGCACCAUCUCCGUCCUCCGCCAUCUGGUCCUGGGCUUCAUGGUGGUGGCACUAGACCUGUUGGUUUACUGGAUGUUUGACCUGGUGCACCACCAAGCCCAGGGAGACAUCGUCACCAGAGCGCCUGUUCUCGUCGCGGUCCAGAUCAACGGGACGGGCUACGCCUCCGACAUCUUAAAGGACAUGUUGUCUUCCUUCGACGUCCUGCAGAAGGGCAACAUUACCGUCCUGAGCAAGAAGUGCAUCAUGCAACCCUCAGAGCCUGACUAUUCAAAGUACAUUCUCAUAGGAUUCCUUUAUGGCCUCACCCUGUUCAGUGUUUUGGCUGGCAGCUAUGUGAAGCGUCUUAGGAGCCUGGUGUGUGCCAGAUACCACCCCAGACGAGAGCGGGAGAGAAUCCGGCUCCUCCGCUGUCGUAUCUUGAGUCAGCGCGCGUCCCUGUGUAAAGCUCUCCUGAGCUCUGUGGCCCGGAGCAAGGCAGACGGGGCCGGGGCCGGUCUCCUGCACACUAUCAUGCUACGGGUUCCUGGAGGAUCCUUCCUGGCUGAGCUCCUGGGUGUGUCGUCUGUCUCCUGCAUGGCAUGUGGCAGGGCAGGGAAGGGCCGGGACGACUCCCACAUGGUCACCUGUUCAACUCCACAGUGUAAAGGUUUAUACUGUACGCAGUGUUUCCGGAGCAUGAACAACAUCUGUGCAGUGUGCAUGGGGCCUCUGACCUUCCAGGAAGACUGCGAAGAGGAGCUGGAUUCCAGUGACAACGAGCAUGUGAGCCUCUGGACCGCCGCCCUGGCCUCGCCCCACAUCACCGAGCGGCGUGCACGCAACCUGAUGAAGAGGACCAUCUCCAUGGAGAUACGCCGCCGGUCAUGGGCGGAGAUGCCGGGAGUGUCCCCAGUCCCUGGGGGGAGCAGGGUGCUGUACCAGAGGACGGGCAGCUCCGUGACACUAGGACACGAGGGGGACAGUGACAGCGGCGGCCACGUCAGUCCAUUCAGUGACCCGGACUUCAGUUACCAGGAUCGCUCUGACUCAGAAGACUCUGACCCCAGGCACUAUGACCCCAGACGCAAAUACGUCCACGACUCGAUUCCAGCCACUUUCUCUGACAUUUAUGUCACUGGAGGAGUCAGUCGUCAGACUUCAGAAAGUGACUCUUCAGACAGUGACACUUUGUUUCAGUCCCUCUCUUCGGAUGCCAGAAACCACUCCAGAGAGGAACCACUACAGACGGUCACAGUCCACAGUCUGACCAUGACCGCAACCGUGCCCUGUGUCAGGGAUACCACCAGAGCGACGGCCCCAGUCGGUCCAACUCCAACGAAUGAUCCAGAGUCUGGAUCAUUCUGGAUUCCAGACCAUUAAUUCUAUCCAGUGAAAGACAAAAAGGGUUACUUUUUGGGCUAAACUGGAGUGGUAGCAUUCUGCUAGACUGCAAUAGUCAUUGCAUGUUGUAAACAUCAUCAUUAAAACAGGAAUUUUCCAUUGAAGCAGGCACUACUGUGUGUUGCCCAAUUCCUUAGACGUUCUUGUCAACAUCAACUGAAUGGGUGUCUGACGGACAGCAGUUGGAUUUGAAACGUGCUCCAAAUUGGAUGUAGAGUUUGGGGUACUAUUGUUUGACUUUGAUUAAAUGUCCAUGACAUUUCCUCUUGUGUGGUUGAAAUUUACAUUAGCAUUUUGUCAUUUAGCAGACGCUCUUAUCCAGAGCGACUUACAGUAAGUACAGGGACAUUCCCCCCCGUGGCAAGUA